AUGGGAGGAGUUGUGUGGCCUUUGGGGCUCCAGCUGUGCAUUGCUGCUGCGCUGCUCUUUGGCGGAGGAAGAGGGACAGAGCUCUCUGGCAGCCUGAGCUGCCUGAAUAACUACAUGACUACCGUGAGCUGCAUGUGGGUAACGGAGAAGCCCAUGGGCAAUGGACCUUUCCACCUGCAUUUCAGCAACCUCUGGUCAAAGGGCCACAACGCCAGCUGCAAACUGACUGCCACAGAGAGCAUGCAGAAUAAGUACCACUGCACAAUUCAUUUAGCCAGCCAGAUCUUGGAAACAGAUGGUUAUAGAGUCUCUCUCCAGGGAAACUUCUUUGGAUGUAAUCAGACAUACGUGGCCUUUCUAGAGUACAACCCCCGCAAGCACAUAAAACUUGAUCCACCUUUGAACAUCCAGAGCAAUGCCACUGCCAGCAAGUGCCAGAUAUGGUGGAGUGUGUGGAAUGUGCCUUGGUAUCUCUCUGAAAUUCUCCAAUAUGAGUUGCAGUAUAAGGAGUACAGCAUGUCCUGGGAGGUUGCAAUGAACAAGACACUGCCCAGUUCACUGCCACAAGUAGAAAUUGAAGCCACAGAGCUUCGCAGUGGCAUUGCUUAUGCUGCAAGAGUUCGCUGCAAAGUUUCUGAAAAUGAGAAUUCAUACCACAGUCAAUGGAGUGAGUGGAGCCAGACAACAGUGUUUAAAAAAGCAGAUGUCCCCAAAGUCUCUGAAAAGAUUCUAAAUAUCAAAACUAUGCAGUACUUGUUCAUUCCUCUGAGUUUUGGCACUCUACUCUAUUUAUUCUGGAACUGCAAACUUUCCUCAAGGGCAAAAAGCCUCGCCUGCUUUAACAUUCCCACGCCAGCUGCUUUCUUUCAGCCACUCUAUAGUUUGCACAAUGGGAAUUUUAAGGACUGGGUUGGACUGAAUGAGGCUUGUAGCCAGCUUGAAAGAGAAGAGGCCAGCAACUCAAGAAAAGUGAAUGCAGAUAGAGUUUCUGAUCUAAACACCCAAGAACUGAUUUCCCAAAUCUCAUUGAAACCUACAGGAAGCACAGAUGUGGUUACUGCAGAAGAAAACUUUGCAUUUGCCUCAGGUCCAAGCCAGCAGUAUGUCCCCAGCAGGUACAUAAGAGCAGAAGAGAUAGAGAUGUGGCCAGGACUAUUGUUUGCACCAAACCAUGCUGAUGAUACCAUUGGCCCAAAAUUCUCUGAAAUAAUUAAAGACAACCUUGAGAGCCCUAGUGUUGGAAGGAAUUAUCCCUCUCACUCACAGCAUGGAAAAGGUGACUUUCUUAUGCCUGGAGAAUCUUUGGGGAAAAAAGAUAUGUCCUUCAGUGGUAGUGACUAUUGUACUUUGUGUGACAAUGAUACCACAGGAGGUUUGAUUUCUGCUGAACUACUGAAGCUUUCUAAUCGCAAUAGUCAUCAGGCUCGCACACGGACUGACAGCAAGCCGUUAACGGGCAUAGAGGGCUCGACCGGAAAACAGCCUAUCAGAACCGGCGAGGGACCGCGGGUGUUACGCAGACACGGGGGGUUCUCAGGAGCGAACACCCGCACUAGAAUUGCAUUUAUGACACACUUGAGUUCCGAGCUGUGCGGAGGGGGCGGGCCUACGCCACCGUCCCCCGACAGCACGGCGCGCCGCCGCCGUGGCACGGACCCGGCCGCGGAUGGCCCUGCCGCCGGCCCCGCCCUCUUCCGCCCCCGUCACACGCAGCUUCCUGGGGGCGUCAUCGCACAGCUGCGCAGCCUCUCGUCGGCUCGGGCGCUGAGGCUGCCGGGGGACGCUGUGGCCUGGCCCGAGUGUGAGUAA